UCAGGCGUGCCCUUUGCCUGUUGCCCCGAAUCGAGGACCUAAGGAGACCAGAAGUUAGCGGCAAUCACUCCAUCCGUGCAUUUGACCAACUCUGUCGGAAGGGUCCUCCUGCCUCUCCUCUUUCCAAGUGAACCAGUGGAAUUUUCAAGUCCCAUUUCCUCUCCCGCGUGGAAACUUUUCCCCGAGCCCAUUCAUUUCGGGAGUUUGGAUGGCAGCCCCCCGGGCUUGGUAUUAAAAGGAAAAGCAAGGCGAGGCACUUCGAAAGGAUUCCCUUUCAGCGAACGAGUGAAGUGAAGGGAGAAGGACUCAGCCGCUGAUUUUGCUGGCUGAUUUGCCGAAAUGCUGAACAUGGCGAUGAGGAUCGCUGUACCCCUCGCCCUCGUCUUGGGUUUAGUCCUCCAUCUCUUCCCUCCGGUCCAACUCGCUGAGCCCGAAUCCCAUCAGUCGCCCCUUCCUGCAGAUAAGCUUUUAAUUCUAACUAUCGCAACGAAGGAAACAGAUGGCUUCCACCGAUUUAUGCAAUCAGCAAAUCACUUCAACUACACAGUAAAGGUCUUAGGCAAAGGUGAAAAGUGGAAAGGAAGAGGGCAACCAAAUUCUAUUGGUGGAGGUCAGAAAGUUCGUCUGUUAAAAUCUGCAUUGGAGACGUAUGCUGAUCAAGAAGAUUUGGUGGUUAUGUAUGUGGAUUGUUAUGAUGUUAUAUUUACUGGAGGACCUGAGGAAUUACUGAAGAAAUUUCAGCAAAUUAAUCAUAAAGUUGUAUUUGCAGCAGAUGGCUUGAUAUGGCCUGAUAAAAGAUUGUCUGACAAAUACCCGAUUGUUCGCAGUGGAAAACGAUUCCUUAAUGCUGGAGGAUUUAUUGGUUAUUAUCCAAAUGUAAAUGAUAUUGUACAACAAUGGGACCUUCAAGAUAGUGAUGAUGAUCAGCUUUUUUAUACAAAAAUUUAUAUUGAUCCAUUGAAGAGGGAACGUAUUAAUAUUACUUUGGAUCACAAAUGCAAUAUUUUCCAGACCCUAAAUGGAGCUGUUGAUGAAGUUCUUCUGAAAUUUGAAGACGGAAGAGCCAGAGCUAGGAAUUCUAUAUAUGAUACUCUGCCAGUCACUCUUCAUGGAAAUGGCCCAACAAAACUUAAUCUCAAUUACUUUGGAAAUUAUAUACCUAAUGGCUGGACUCGUGAAACAGGUUGUGGUGUCUGUGACUCAGAUUUAUUAGAAAUUGCUACAUUGCCUGAGGGUCCAACAGUAACAAUUGGUAUUUUCAUUGAACAACCAACUCCCUUCCUAUCAAAGUGCUUAGACAGAGUAUUGAAUCUGGAAUAUACAAAAGAAAAACUUAGCAUCUUUAUUCAUAAUAAUGAAGUUCAUCAUGAAAAGGAUAUAAAAAACUUUUGGGAAAAAGCGAAGAAUAUAAUUAAAACUAUAAAAAUUGUUGGACCUGAAGAAAAUCUGAAUCAAGCCAAUGCCAGGAACAUGGGAAUGGAUAUCUGUCGACAGAAUAAAGAGUGUGACUAUUAUUUCAGCAUUGAUGCAGAUGUUAUUUUAACAAAUCCAAAUACUUUGAAGCUUCUAAUAGAACAAAAUAGAAAGAUCAUUGCACCUCUUGUAACACGUCAUGGGAAACUCUGGUCUAACUUUUGGGGUUCAUUAACUGCUGAUGGGUAUUAUGCUCGAUCUGAAGACUACAUAGAUAUUAUCCAAGGAAAUAGAAUAGGUGUGUGGAAUGUCCCUUAUGUAGCUAAUAUAUACUUGAUCAAAGGACAGAUUCUCAGAUCUGAGAUGAAUGAAAGAAAUUAUUUUGCUCGUGAAAAGCUGGAUUCUGAUAUGGCGAUGUGCAGGAACGCCCGGGAAAUGACCAUACAGAGGGAAAAAGACUCCCCUUCUGUGGAGACCUUCCAUAUGCUCAGCCCCCCAAAGGGGAUAUUUAUGUACCUCACUAACAGACAUGAAUUUGGGAGACUUGUAUCAACUGCUAACUACAAUACUUCUCACUACAACAAUGACCUUUGGCAAAUCUUUGAAAAUCCUGUGGAUUGGAAGGAGACUUACAUAAAUCCCAACUAUUCGAAAAUUUUUACUGAAAAUAUAGUAGAACAGCCAUGCCCAGAUGUGUUUUGGUUCCCCAUAUUUUCUGAAACAGCCUGCAAUGAAUUAGUAGAAGAAAUGGAACACUUUGGCCAGUGGUCUGGUGGAAAACAUCAUGAUAGCCGCAUUUCUGGAGGCUAUGAAAAUGUUCCAACAGAUGAUAUUCACAUGAAACAAAUCGGCCUGGAAAAUGUGUGGUUGCAUUUUAUCAGAGAAUUCAUAGCACCUGUAACCCUAAAAGUAUUUGCUGGCUAUUAUACAAAGGGUCAUGCCUUGUUGAAUUUUGUUGUGAAAUAUACUACUGACCGACAGCGCUCUCUCAGACCUCACCAUGACUCAUCUACAUUUACCAUCAACAUUGCCCUUAACAAACCAGGAGAAGAUUUUCAAGGAGGUGGAUGUAAAUUUCUGAGAUACAACUGCUCAAUCGAAUCACCUAGAAAAGGAUGGAGUUUCAUGCAUCCAGGAAGACUUACUCAUUUACAUGAAGGACUUCCAAUUUUAAAAGGAACAAGAUAUAUUGCAGUAUCAUUUAUUGACCCUUAAGUUUAUUUUCCUGGCCAUUCAGAGACAACGUACAACAAACUUUUAUUUAAAAAUUUUGUCCCAGAAGACAGUGACAAAAGAAGCUUCUUCAAGAUGGCUGCUUUAUUUUGGGCUAAGAUUUAGAGGGAAACAAAUACUUAUAAGCAUCUGCUUUGAGCCUUGAGAUGCAAAUAAAAUAAAAUAAAAAUAAUUUACUUCUCUUCCUGUUUUAAAGGAGUGGAAAGUCCUUGAUAUGAUCACUCUGUAAAAGUGUUAAUAUGGCUUUUCCAUUUGGUAAUUGCAUAAAUAGCAAGCUGCACAUCUUGAUUUUUUUAAAAGAAAAAAUUGGAUAAUUGUUCAUAUUGUGCUUAGGAUCAAGUUCACUAUAGAUGAAGGCAAAGCAUUGGCCCCAAAGUUGUGCCUGGUUUACUCACAGACUCUUUUAAGUGCCUUAAAAGAAAAAAAAAUCUUGACUUGAAAGCAUCUUUGCUUACCAUCUACUCUUUGAUUGGACUGAGAUUUUCUAAACAAACUUUUUGCACAAACUCCAGCCUUGACAAUAGAAGCCCUCAUUUUGAGAAAACUUUAGAAUACCAAGUAACCUCAGAAACCAAAUUCUUUACUUUUGCAUAAAAACUACUUGAAUGUUGUAUCAGGACACCAAAAAGCUGAAGUUCUUAAAAAUAAGCAAAUAAAUAAAUCAGGUUUUUGAUUUGCCUUUAUUUUUUGAGGGAACAGUUUUAAAUAUUACUGCUGUGCCUACUGUUUGUAAUUUAAAAGUUUCACUUGAAAAAAAAUGCUGAAAUCAAAUCUGAGGUGCUAAGUGCAUAUAUUUUGAGGUAAAUAAAAAUUUAAAGUAAGUUUU